UGGAGGCACAGACCCAUUGUGACCCACCGGGGAGUGUUUCUUCAAUUUGGAAUUAGCAUCACCCCAGGGUUAUUUCAGAACUUAAUGGAGCGACUGUUACAGGGACUGCCUGGGGUCGUCCCCUACUUCGAUGACAUUCUCAUCUCCGCUUCUUAUCAGAGUGAGUUCAUCGAACGCGUUCGGGCAGUCCUACUGCGUUUCCGGAAGGCUGGCCUCAAAUUAAAAAAAAACAAGUGUAUAAUCGGCGUUCCAAAGAUAGAGUUUUUAGAGUACCUUAUUGAUGCCACAGGCAUCCACCCCACUCUUCAAAGGCGAUUGCUAUUAAACAGGCCCCCAUCCCCACUUGUAAGUCUGAGCUGCAAGCCUUUUGGGGGCUUUUGAAUUUUUACAGUGUGUUUCUGCCUCAUAAGACUACUGUGGCUGAACCUCUCCACAGGCUCCUGGACAGAAACAUGCCAUGGUCCUGGGGCUGAGCGGAACAUCGCUCCUUCCAGGCUGUAAAAGACUUGCUUACUUCGUUGGCUGUCCUAAUCCAGUACACCUCUCAUCUUCCCCUUCGCCGAUGCCUCCCCGUACGGUAUUGGCACUGUGUUGAGCCAUAGGCUCCCCAAUGGCCUAGAAGCUCCUAUCGCUUACUAUUCGAGGACCCUGUCCUCUACGGAACGCAGGUACAGCCAAAUUGAUAGAGAGGCCUUGCCUCUGUCAAGUGGUUCCAUGAUUAUGUUUACAGUUGGCCUUUUGAGUUAGUGACGGAUCAUAAGCCUCUUUUAGGGCUUCUGGCGGGGGACCAUCAAACUCCUCUAAUUCUCUCUCCCUAUAUGUCUCGCUGGGCAGUGUCCUUGUCGGCCUAUAAUUACACUUUGCAUUAUUGCCCCGGCAAGCUGAUAGCGCAUGCAGACGCCCUCAGCUGCUGCCCUUUACCUGUAUCUGUCCAGGAUCCUGCCCCCGCCCCUUCAGUUCUUCUCAUUGAAGAACUCCACACCCCCGUGACUGCCUCUGAUAUUGCAACUCACUCGGUAAGGGACUCCGCCCUCGCUCAGGUCCUCGACUGGGUAGGAAGGGGGUGGCCAUCAGGCCAAGUAUCCGAGUCGUUCCUGCCGUUCCGGUUAAGACAGCACGAACUGUCUGUCCAGCGGGGCUGUCUGUUGUGGGGGAAUCGGAUGGUAAUCCCAGCAACGUUGCAACCCUCUGUCCUUGAGUGCUUACACGAGAGCCACCCUGGCAUUGUCAGGAUGAAGGGCCUAAGUCGGAGUUAUAUCUGGUGGCCCAAGAUAGACUGGGACAUUACCGCGUGGGUCGCUAGUUGCCAGAAAUGUCAGCGGUCUAGACCAGCUGAGCCAAUAUCCCCUCCCCAGGAAUGGGGAAGCCCUAAAGCCCCUUGGUCGCGCAUUCAUAUAGAUUUUGUGGGCCCGUAUAUGGGCCGCACCUUCCUUAUUGUGGUGGAUGCCUAUUCGAAAUGGGUAGAGAUAGUAUUAAUGACCUCCACCACCUCUGAGGCUGUCAUCCAAGUUUUGCGCAGGAUGUUUGCUACCCACGGCCUCCCUGAUGUGCUAGUUUUGGACAAUGGCCCACAAUUAACUUCUACUACAUUCCAGCUAUUCUUAACCCUAGGAAUACGCCACGCACAGAUCGCCCCGUUUCAUCCGGCUGGAAAUGGCCUGGCUGAAAGAGCCGUGCAGUCAGCCAAAGAGGCAUUGGCCAGGCUAGGACCAGGGUCCAACUCGAGGAUGGAAGAACUUGGCAGCACCAUGUGGACCAGUUGCGAAGACGGUUUCUAACUGACCAACUGGCUGUGGAAAGAGACACUCGCAUGCGUUCCCAGAGGCCUCACUACACACCCCAACAGCAAAUAACUACGCUGCAUACAAACCUGAAGCAGCCAGCCCUCCGCCAGACUUACCAGAAGAAGAAGCGGUCCCAGCCAAGGUUCCUGGAGAGCAGCCGAUAGAUCCACA